AUGUGGUCAACAGCAGCACAAGCGGUGGUGGCCGGCUUAUUAGCGACAGGCACGGUCGUCGAGGCUGCCUCACAAUUCAGCAUUAGUUCAUCAGACGCCAUUAAGAAAACCGCCAGCACAAUCGCCCACGACCUCGUCAGCUACUAUCACGGAAACGAGAGCGGCCAAACCCCGGGCAUUCUGCCGGGCCCGCCACCGGCCGGAGACUACUACUGGUGGGAGGCCGGUGCGAUGUGGGGCACACUGAUCGAUUACUGGCACCUGACCGGCGACGACACAUACAACGAACUGGUGACGGAGGCGAUGCUGUUUCAGACAGGGCCGCAUGAGGACUACAUGCCGCCCAACGUGACGGCGUCGUUGGGCAACGACGACCAAGGGUUCUGGGGCAUGUCGGCGAUGCUGGCGGCGGAGGUCAACUUCCCGAACCCGCCGGCCGACAAGCCGCAGUGGCUCGCGCUGGCGCAGGCCGUGUUCAACACGCAGGCGGAGCCGGGCCGGCACGACGCGACGUGCAACGGCGGCCUGCGGUGGCAGAUCCCGGUGCUGAACAACGGCUACAACUACAAGAACAGCAUUGCCAACGGGUGCUUUUUCAACAUCGGGGCGCGGCUCGCGCGGUACACGGACAACGCGACGUACGCCGACUGGGCGGAGCGCACGUGGGACUGGAUCGAGGGCGUCGGGUACAUGGACGCGGAGUACAACAUCUACGACGGCGCGCACGUGGAGACGAACUGCACGGACAUCAACAAGGCGCAGUUCUCGUACAACAGCGCGGUGUGGCUGCUGGGCGCGGCGUACAUGUGGAACCACACGGAGGAGGCCAAGUGGCAGACGCGCGUCGAGGGCCUGCUGAACCGGACCAUCACCUUCUUCUUCCCGGACGGCGUCGCCUACGAGGUGGCGUGCGAGACGCACAUGACGUGCACGACGGACAUGCUGACGUACAAGGGCUUCCUGCACCGGUGGAUGGCGUCGACGGCGCAGGUUGCGCCGUUUACGCACGACCGGAUCAUGGCGGUCCUGCAGACGUCGACGCAGGCGGCCGUGGACCAGUGCACGGGCGGCGACAACGGCCGGACGUGCGGGUUCCAGUGGAGCUCGCGGGCGUUUGAUGGGAGCGUCGGUGCGGGGCAGACGAUGAACGUGCUGGCGGCGGUGUCGUCGCUGCUGGUGGACGAAGUGCACGCCCCGUUGACGAACCAGACGGGCGGCACGAGCGUGGGCAACCCGAACGCGGGCAGUGGCAGCGUCGACAACCCGACGGAGUUUGCGCCGAUCACGGCGGCCGACCGUGCGGGUGCGGGCAUUCUGACGGUGUUUGUGCUGGCGGGCAUCACGGGGCUGUUUACCAUGAUGAGUUUUGGGGAGUGA